AUGGGAAGGUCUCCUUGCUGUGAAAAAGCUCAUACAAAUAAAGGAGCAUGGACUAAAGAAGAAGAUGAUCGUCUCAUCGCAUAUAUAAGGGCUCACGGUGAAGGCUGCUGGCGUUCGCUUCCUAAGGCAGCCGGUCUCCUUCGCUGCGGCAAAAGCUGCCGCCUUCGGUGGAUCAAUUACUUAAGGCCUGACCUCAAACGCGGCAACUUCACAGAAGAAGAAGAUGAACUGAUUAUUAAACUUCACAGUCUUCUUGGUAACAAAUGGUCUCUUAUAGCUGGAAGAUUACCAGGAAGAACUGAUAAUGAGAUAAAGAAUUAUUGGAAUACUCAUAUAAGAAGGAAGCUUUUGAGCCGAGGUAUUGAUCCUACAACUCAUAGGCCAAUCAAUGAGCCUGCAUCAGCUAGAGAAGUCACAACCAUUUCAUUUGCUGGUUCAACAACAAAAGAAGAAGCAGAAAAGUGCAUCACUGCAGCGAUUAAUUUGAACAACAAAGAAGAAAAUAGUCCAGAUUUCGAGCGUUGCCCCGAUUUGAAUCUUGAACUCAGAAUAAGCCCUCCUUAUCAACAACAAGCACAAGAGCCCUUGAAAACUGGAGGGAGGACUGCCUCUCUGUGCUUUGCGUGCAGUUUGGGUGCACAAAACAGCAAAGAUUGCGGUUGUAAUAUUGAAGGUGGCAGUAGCAGUAAUUCUGGAUAUGAUUUUAUAGGGUUAAAAACUGGGGUUUUGGACUACAGAGGCCUGGAAAUGAAAUAA